GUUAUUGUUUCUGUAUGAAGUCUCUUAAAAUGCUGUAUCCGUUAUUUAUGCUUCUUGUUCUCUCGUCUAAAAUCGAUUUAUCAAACCAGGAUGUGAUUGAUAACAUUCUUAUGAGUUUAUCCAAGGGAAUCACUUACUUCGACAUGCAGGGCAGUAACAUAAACCUGGACGGUGUUGUUGGAUACAUAAUACUACAAGCACAGCUGCGGGAGGCAACACGAACUUGGCCGCAUUCAGAUUUUCUCAGUCUCUCUCAGCGCGCAGCUGCGAUUUCCAUGCUGAAGAGACUAAGCAAGAGCCUUUCUACUGCGGCCAGCACCCUUCAGGAGACAGACCCCAAAUACUUCAAAGAGUUCGAGCCCAUUUUGGACAGCUCCUUCUGGUCCCUGCCUGGUGAAUGGAGCUCCACUGACCCUUCUCUGGUUUAUACCUCGGUGAGGGCUAUGGAGUGCUAUGAUGAACACAUGAGUGACAAGUGCAUGACUUUCCUUCUAGGAACCUGGAAAGACAAUGGAACCCCAUGUAUUGUGACUAAGACCUGUAGAGACACAAUGACACAGUUUGGAUGUCCACACUAUUCCCUGUCUCACCAGCUGCUGUACUUCAUGAUAGGAACAAUGAAAGGGUGCUCCAAAAUGCUAAAGGGGGACCUAAGAUUGUCUCGUGUCAACAUAACUGUGGGACAUUACAAGAGGAUUUUCUGCUCCAAUAUGAUGAAAAGCAACCAGGAUAUUUUCAAGAACAGUCUCACUGGCCAAAUGCAAGACAUCUUCAUAGAAAACAUUCUUCUAUGCGGUUUAGUAGGAUUCUCAGACUUCUAUAAAUUGGACUGGCUACAGUCAAUUUUAACAUGGCAAGAUCAAGAAGCGGGUUGUUUUGGCAAAGAAGAGGACAUCUCUCACAUCUUUGAGGAAUUUUUGGACGCUCCACACAAACGGGUGAAAAGAAGGGAGAAAACCCUGACAGAUGGCUGCUCAAGUCACAUGACAGGAGUUGCAGUGAGUGCAUUAGGAGGUUUUCUCAACUUUUACCUUUCAGAGCAGGACAUAACGAAGAGGCCCAUAAUUUAAGGGCCAUACACAGAAUUCCAUUAUCUUUUUUAAAAUGCUUUGUGGACAGGGUUCCCACACUUUCAUGGACACCAAAUUCAAGCACUGUCAUUUAAAUAAAAAAAAGUAGACCAUUUUAAACAGUUAUGUUCAAAGAAUGUGUUGUAUUCAAUUCUGUUCCUAUUCAAAUGUGGUUUCUGAAAUAUUGAUAAGAUGUGCAUUAUUAGUCAUAGUUCUUCUAUGAGCUUUAAAUUAAAAAAUUUUAAAU